AUGGACCACAUUCCUCGUCUAUCUGAGAUCCUGUAUAUUGGUCUAUGUCGUAAGAUAGGGACACCAACAGAAGUGACUAUUAGAAGGAAUGUCUGGGACAUGUUAUACAUACUAGAUCAAAAUAGACAUACUUAUAAGCACGAAUGUAUAGGAAGAAGCAUUCUCAGCGGUAGUCAGAGGGAGGGAUUCAGGUUUGAUACAUCUGACCAGGAUUACAUGAUGUGGUGUUGUGGAUGGAAAGUGAUAAAAGACAUCUCUCAGUCAAGGGCUUACAAUUCAUCACUUUGUGAUAUUAUUCUCAUGGAGGACACUAAUACACCACCUGGCUUUGUUAGACUACAGCUUCUAACAGUGCCAAGGGGUAAAUAUUUUACAACAGCAAUCAUUCCUUUCAAUGACAGAAUUUAUAUAUCAAGUUUUUUAUGGAGACAGGUAUUCGCUGAUGAAAUACGUUUCGAAAAUGUUACUGAACAUGGUCCUUGUUCUAGGUAUUACAUUGGAGAUACUGAAGUUGAUAGAGUGUUUUGUUUUGCCAGCAAAUAUUGGCCAAGUAUUACAGAACACUGGAUUAAAAGAUGCGUUAAACAAAUGUGGCCUCCAGCAGCUGUGCUUAAAGAUAUUUUAAAUAACGAUAUUCACUGUGUGCCUAUUGGUAGUAAAUGUAAUUCUAGUGAAAAUGAUUUAGAGUGGAGAUUGUCCUUUUCUCUUGCCGAACAAAAACUAGUGUUUAACAUGAAUCAUACUCAAUUUUUAUGUUAUGGACUUCUCAAAAUAUUUCUCAAAGAAGUAAUCAAUAACAAUGUAGAGGAACCAUUGCUCUGUUCUUACUUCAUGAAGACUACAAUGUUCUGGUUAAUACAAGUUGGACAUUUGAACUGGCGUCCUAACAAUCUACUGGAAUGCUUUUGGAUGUGUUUUAAAUAUCUCAUUCUCUGUGUGUAUCGUUGUAAAUUUGCCAAUUUUUUUAUUCCACAGAACAAUAUGUUUUCAUACAAGAUUGUCGGAGUAGCACGCGAAUCCCUGUUAGAACAACUAAAUCAGUAUUACAGAAUAGGCGUGGCCUGUCUCCUACAUAGCCCAACACUCAGGUCAAUCCUUGUGCCAGCCCUCAGCCGUCCGUCAUUAGUGAUCCCCUCUAAUAGAGGACAUAUUCAAGACAUUGUAGAUAUAGAUAAAAGUAUCAUGAAUGAAAUAUUGGAUAAAUUGGUUAUUAAGGAGGGAUAUUCCUUUACGUAUUUAAAAUCUGUAGACAUGUUACAACACUCGAUAAUAUCUCCAUACAUGUCUUUGACAUUACAGUACUGCAAAGCUAAUUAUCUUGUUAACACUGCCUUCACGGCUGCAUAUAGUUCUUUUUAUUUGAAAAACAAAUACGUUAAAUAUUUGGAUAAAAUGCUUUGUAACAUGUUGAAAUUGUCGUCACGGAUAGGAAGUAUUUCACAUUCUCUUUACUUAGCUUUGUAUUACUAUAGGACAGGGAGAUAUUAUAAAGCACUUAACAUAACUAACUUGACAAAACAAAGACUAUCAAAGCCCUAUAUUUUGUAUAAAGGUAUUGUAGACAGAUACAGAUACAGUGAAGAUGUAAGUAGUUUAUCUUUGUCUAAAAAAAUGAACUUCGCCUGGGUAGCUGAGUUGACACUUUAUCAUAGGAUACGCUACAUUGAAGAGUUAACAUUAGAACAACAAAUGGACAAAUUAAUGAGUGGUAGUGGUUUUAAAGGGUCGUUUUAUUCACCAUUUGUUAUAGUACAUAUGCUCUCUGUUUUAUCGAACUACCGACUUGGUAACAGAUUUCGGUAUCUGCAAUCACUUCAAGACCUCCGCACACUGCUUCUUUAUGAUGAUGGAAGAUAUAUAUCACUAUUCCAAAGAGACAUGUCCUGGCAGAUACUAGGAAUCUGUCAGCAAGUUGUGGGAGACUUACAAGGGGCUUUGCAAUCUUAUCAGGAGUCGCUUAGACAGGAACCAUUUCACAGAAUACAGACAGCAACAAAAGCUAGAAUUGACAAUAUACGACAACAAUUGAGUGAAAAUAUAUAUGUACAUGUAUAA